GUCCAGCAAAGUAUAGAUCCCUCCCAUAUGCUCCCAUAGUUCUUCUGGAAAAGAGUAUAUUUUAUGUUUACUUUUUAAUCACAUAAAAAUAUUUAAAACAUUAAAAUGUCUCUAAGAAAUCGCGUUACUAACUUAUUUCUUAAAAGACAAAUACAUGGAAAUGCAGAGAUAGUAGAAAAUUGUAAAGAAAUUCGAAACCGUAAUCCAAGAAAUAUAGAACGUUUAAGAAUUGCGAGGAAGCCUGUAGGUUAUAUUCUGGAUAAACCCGGAUUUUCAUACUGGCAUAAAUUAAUUAUAAAACCGAGUAAUCGUUAUAUCGACGCAGAAAUACAUCAUUUUGAGAAUGGUCCAGUUAUCAUGGUAUCCAGUCAAGAAUGGGGAAUAAGGAAACAAUUAUAUAAUACAAAAGAUAUCAUAGCAUAUAAAUAUGUGGGACGUGUGCUUGCACAACGUUGCUUAGAAUCUGGAAUCUGUGAGAUGUAUUUUGAUGGCUCAGAAAUUAUUGCAUCUAAAGUACAGACAUUAAUAAAUGAGCUAACAGAAAAUGGAAUUUCUUUACAAGAACCACCCAGAUAUUAUCAUCCAAAGGCUACAGACCCUGAUCGUCCAGAAAGACCUUGGCAGUUUUAUGAAUAAGUAUUAAUUUAUGUAAAUAUAAUUUAGAAAUAUGUAUAGUACACAACAGAAAAUGUAUGUUAUAAAAUUUUAAUUAUAAUUAUUUCGUAAAUGA